AUGCGACGUCCUGCAAAACAUUCAGCAGCUUCACCACUACCAUCUACAACUGCCGCAUCAACAUCCAAAACAACUAAUGCCAUAACGAAAACAGGAUAUAAAAUGGCUUGGAAAAACGCGGUUUUAAAAAUUGAGAAACAAAAAUUGGUGGAAUCAGUUGCUGAUAAUCCGGAGAACCGAAAAGCCGGAAAGGCUGCGGUGAUUGAUGACGAUUCUUCUAGAGCGCACCCAAGUAAGUCAUCGCUGUUGAGCAAGAAGAAAUCGAUCUCGAAGAUGGGGAAGCGCGCCAGAACAUCUUUUUUUGAUUCUCCUCAAACUAAGACUGCAAAACGGGUCAAAUCUCCUAUUAAAAGUGAUGCUGAAAUAUCUCCUAAUUCUGAAAUGAAUGAUGGCGAGAAAAGUAAUAACAAUGCAUAUGAAGUUGCUGACCAGAAUGAUUUUGCUCAAAAUUCGUCAACUUCUUCAAUUAGUUCCCCGAUGGUUCCACAAUCGUUUUGUAAAGAAGAGGGGCAAUCAGGAACUGAUGAGCCAGUAUCGUUUGUGAAUUCAUCGAUUUCUUCACAACUUUGUUCAUGUUUAACUGUAACGCAACCAUCAGUUGACGGUUCGAAUAAAAGAGUGGAGACUUUAAACGAAGAAGCAGAAAAUUUAUUAGAGGAGACUGAAAUGUUGGAAUGCAGCACAACAGCAAAAAGCAUCAGAGAGUUGUGCGAAGAAGAGAAACACAUGAUUUUGGCUGAUUUUGAUGCAGGGAUGUUACCGCAUGAAAUCGAAGAGAAGUAUGGAGUAAGCAAAUUACAGAUCGCUGAUGUACUGUCAAAUCGUAUUUCUAUAUUUCGUACUAAUUGGUCUGACCUAUUCACCUUAAAACGCCGUCGUACUGUUUAUGUGCGUUUGAAUAUGCAAAUGUGGAACUUUUUUUGCCAGUGCCGGGAUCAAAAAAUCUGGCUCAAUGGUCGACAGCUAAAAGAACAGGCUUUGAAAAUAGCCCAUGAAUUAGGUCUACACAGUUUUAAAGCCUCCGAGGGUUGGUUGGAUUCAUUCAAAAGGCGUCAUUGUAUUGAUCUCAAGACGAUGACUGGGAAGCCUGUGAUUUACGAAGCAGAUCCUGAAGAAGCGAAUUCUAUAAAUGAUGGCUUGGAAAUAAAAAUCUCUCGAUCAACAACUCCGAGUCCGAAUCUGACUCGAGACACCAAUUCGCUAUCCGCUGUGCUAGAUGCAAAUAAAUUCUUGAUGGAUGCGGCAGAUGCUGCUGUUCUUGCUUCAGCUGAUGGAUCUGAUAGUGGUAUAGUGACAAGUCCAACUCAGGCGACAGCAGCAAUUCGGACGACCAGUCCGUUGGACAUACAAAGACUUUUACCAGGUCCAUCAGCUAUGAAUGAACAAAAUUUGUUACUUCCAACGAUUAGUGCUUCUGAAAUUGGUGCAUCAUCAGUUCAAGCAUUGCUCGAAACGUGCUGUUAUCGUGUAAAUGAAGUUGAGGUUGCACAAGCUAUAGACACUUUGCGUGCUUACAUUGUUUCAAACAAUAUCAACCUUUUACCGGUGCUGGUAGAACUACAGAAAAGUUUGGCUAUAAUAGCUGCACAGCGAAAGGCGACCGAAAAAAUGUCCAGCAGAAUUUAA